AUGUCAAGUCCCCGAAAACGCAAUAUGCUCUCGUUCAUCGUCUUCGGACUUGCGGCAGCUCUGAUUCCAUCCACCGAGGGAGCUCCCAGUACCAGUGGCAAGACAGCAUGUGCGGCCCUGACCAAACCGACCAUUGCCGGCGCGCGCGUGCUGUCCAUGCAGUCGCAACAUCUCCCAAAUGCGACGGUGCUGGCCAGCCCGCCCCUGCUGAACAACAACCUCACCGGCCUUGACCUGUGCAGUGUCGAUCUGGUCAUCUCGCACCCUGGCGCCGACGAUAAAGUCAAGGUCAAAGUGUGGUUGCCGGCGACGGGCUGGAAUGGCCGCUUCGUCGGCACCGGAGGGUCGGGCUACGCGGCGGGAUUCUUCGAAUACAGCCUCGCCCCUGUGGUGGCACUGGGCUAUGCGGCAGCAUCCACGGAUGCAGGCCUGUCGGGAGAUCCCUACAGUCCAGCAGCGUGGGCUCUGCGUCCGAACGGCACCGUGCAUGAGGAUCUCUUACUGAACUUUGCCUCCCGCUCCGUGCAUGACAUGGCUGUGGCGGGCAAGGCCAUCACCGCACAAUACUAUGGCCGGAAGCCGGCCCACUCGUACUGGAGCGGUUGCUCGACGGGUGGGAGACAAGGCUUGGUGGCGGCACAACAGCAUCCCCAUGAUUUCGACGGCAUCGUCGCCGGAGCGCCGGCUAUUGACUGGGCCAGGUACGUGGUCGCAGAACAGUGGCCACAGGUGGUCAUGAAGGAGGAGGCAACCUACGUGAGUCCAUGCGUCCUCCAAUCGUUCACCAGCGCGAGCGUUGCGGCCUGUGAUGCUCUUGACGGAGUGGCCGACGGCGUCAUCACAGACUUGCAACUCUGUAAAUUCGACCCGUUGGCCUUGGUUGGAACAAGUGUCCAAUGCGACGGCAGCAGCGAGAUCAUCACACAGAAGAUGGCCACUGUGGUCGGCCAAAUCCUCGCAGGGCCCAAAGGACCCGCCAUCUCUCAUCCCUACGCCCUGAAUCCCGGGGCGGCAUUGGACAGUCUGGCCAACACGACCGUCGUCAACGGCACCCGGCUCGGUGUGCCCUUUUUCGUCAACGACGCCUGGAUCAAAUACUUCGUCAAGAAAGACCCCGAGUUUGACACUUCCGCCAUGGGAUACGCUGCUUUUGAGACUAUCUUCAACCAGUCGCAGCGGGAAUUCGGCGCCGUCAUGGGCUCUGACCAGCCCGAUCUCUCUGCCUUCCACGCGGCCGGGGGCAAGGCGAUCGUCUGGCACGGGCUAGCCGACCAGCUGAUCUUCCCGCGCGACACGGUCGCCUACCACCAGCGGGUGACACAGGCUCUGGGCAACAACGCGUCCGUGGUCGCUGGGUUCUAUCGCACGUUCCUCGCCCCGGGCGUGGACCAUUGCGGCGCUGGUCCAGCGGCACCGGGCGCCGUGCCUGUGGACCCGCUGGCGGCGGUGGUGGCGUGGGUCGAGGACCAGAAGGCGCCCGAUGUGUUGGCGGCGCGCAAAACGGAGGCGGAUGGCACCGUGGUCACAAGGAAUCUGUGCCCGUUUCCCGCGACAUCGCGGUACAGGGGCACCGGCGACAAGACCCUGGCGACCAGUUAUACUUGUACUUGA